UCUCUCCCUCUCUCUGCAGAAUGCUGUGUUAGGCAAGGUAGAGUACACUAGUCACAAGGCUCGCUCUCUUGCUUAAGCUUGUGAGCUUGGAAAAGAGUAGUAUAUUGAGCUGUUGCUUCGCUUGCUUUAGUUUGCUUGCUUACCAGGAGAAAGAUAUGAGGAAGGAAAUUGUCAUCAGGCUGCAGAGCUCUGAGAAGGGCCACAAGAAAGCUAUCAAGGUUGCUGCUGCAGUCUCCGGUGUGGAAUCCGUGACGCUCGCCGGCGAGGACAAGAACCUGCUGCUGGUGAUCGGCUUCGGGGUGGACUCCAACGACCUCACCGAGAAGCUGCGGAGGAAGGUCGGCCACGCCGAGGUGGUGGAGCUGCGCACCGUCGACGCCGACGAGCUCAUGCGCGUCGCCGCCGCCAACCAGUACCCGUACCGCUACUACCCCGGCGCGCCGCCCCCGGCCCCGUACUACGGCAACGGCGGGUACCCUCCUCCUCACCAGCGCGGCGGCGGCGGCGGCGGCAGCGGCGGUGGCUACUACACGCCGAUGACGAUGGCCACGGGUGGCUACUACGGCGGCGGCGGCGGCGGGUACCCGCAGUACGGGCAGUCGUCGUCGUACCCGCAGUACGGGCAGUCGUCGUCGUACUACCCGCCGGCGGCGGCGGCGACGACGAACACGCACACCGUCGUGCACCACCAGUACGCCAACAACGACCCGGACAGCUGCGCCAUCAUGUAGCUGCACCAGCUAGUGUACGAUCGAUGCUGCUUCUGCUCGCGCGCGAGCAUGCCGGCCGUCGUCGUCUCGAUCGUCACGAUGAUCGGAUGAUCGGAGGACAUAUUGCGACCGAAUCUAGUAGCUGAUUGUCCCAAUCGAUAACUGGCCCAAAGUACGUAGAUAUACCUUGAAUUUUCUGUGUGAUGAUGAGGCCGAUUUGAUUCCGUGUGAUUACUGAACAACAGACAGGUACGUACCUGUUGUCUGAAACUCUGAAGUCUGAACGUUAUAUGUGCAGUAGUAUAUGUGUAGUAGCUGCUCCCGGCCUCCAAGUGUAUACGGUGUGCAAGUGUAAAUUAGGUGUACUAGGGAGAUAUAUAUAAGGUGCAAGCGACUUUAUAGUUCAUCAAAGUGUGCUCAUUUGUACAUGCAAAUUAAAUCUGUACAUGCGACUUUAUAGUUCAUCAAAGUGAGUAAUUCUGUAGUA